CGUAAAUUUUGUUAGUGUGUGUGAUGUGACAAGUGAACGUUGUGUUAAGUGUUCUAGUAUUUACUAUUUGUGUGCGGCGUCGAUAGGCUUUUAGUUCGAGCGUUCCCCCUAUUUUUUGGUUAUUUAGUUAUUGUGUGUGUAUUGUCCAUAUUAAUUAUCGUAUUUAAAUUUCUCAGCGGUUUGUUAAUUGUGUUAAACUGUCGUAGUGAAAUUUUUUACGCUUUUGAGCUGUACUGAAAUUGAUCCAUAGCUUUACUCUAUACGAAGGAAAAAUUUUGUUUUUCACGCGACAUUAAUUAAACAAUCUUAUAAAAACUCUUGUACUGUUUACUAUUUCCAUUUAGGAUCGUCGAAUAAUUACAAUCACAACGGAUCACAAGCAUUUAGACAUGGAAAAAAGAAUUGAACUUGAAAAACGGGGUCGAAAACCCGAAGAGGUAAUGCAGCUAAUAUUAGAUGAUUGUCGAAGUACCACUGUAGUAGGGUUAACUGAUGAAUAUAUAAAUCUAAGAAGUCUUAGUUUAAUAAGUGUGGGUUUAACCAGUUUGAAAGGAUUUCCUAUUUUGAAAAGACUCACUUAUUUGGAUCUCAGUGAAAAUAGAAUUUCCAAUAGUUUACAAAAUUUAACUGGUUGCAUUGGACUUAAGUCUUUGAAUCUCAGUCAAAAUAAAAUUAAAGAUUUUGAAGCUAUUGAACCUCUUCAAACAUUACCACGUCUUAAAAUCUUGGAUUUAUCUAAUAAUGAAGUGGUUAAAGAAGAUGGAUAUAAAGAAUUUGUAAAAGAAAAAUUUGCUAAUUCUCUUAAAUACCUUGAUGGAGACUCACUCAAAAAUGGAAAAAAUGAUAGCUUUAAUAGCUCAGAUAGUGGCGAAGAAGAUGAUUCUGAAUCUGAAGCUGAAGAAGAGGAAGGAGAAGAUGAUGAUGAAAGUGAAUAUGAUUCUGAAGAUGCUGAUCAAACCAAUGAAAGUGGUGGUGUAGGCUUAGAAGAAAUGCUUAAAGAUAAUAUUGAUGAAGAGAGUGAAGGCAAUGAUUAUGUUUUAGAUGAGGAAGAGGUUGAUAGUGCUUCUGAUAAUACAGAUGAAAGUGAUGAAGACCGUGAAGCUGAUGAUAGCACUGCAAAUGAUUCACAAGACACAAGAGGGAAGAAAAGAAAGUUAGAUGAUGAGUAAACAUUUUUAAGUGUGUUUUAUUAUAAUUGUUAUUUUAAGUGGAACAAAUUGUAAGUAUAACUUUUAACAUAUAUAUUUUUAAAAUAUAUUGUUCUAUUGAACAUUUUUAAUUUGACGUGUACCACACUAAUAUUUUAA